AUGAAUCAGAGCUUGCAGGGAUACGGUGAAAAUCAUUACGAGGGAUUCCCAAGCAGAAGUGGAUACUACAACUCUGAGCACUUUCUGCAUCAUCAGGAGCAUCAGCUGCCGUAUGCGGCAUCGUACCCUGGUGUCAAACGGAGACGGUUAGCUGGGGCAUCUGAACAACCUUAUGGAAUUCAUUACAACAAUAACUACAAUGUACUGCUAGGACUAUGUCAAUCAAAUGCCUGGCUCGAUGCCCUACAGUACUGGCGAGCGUAUCCACAAGCAGCAAUACCAAGUCGGUUGGACCAAACAUCGUUCAUGAGAAAACGGGGUCAAUUUUCAGCAAUGACAAUACGGAGGGGAUGCUGGAAUCGAGAUGGUGACUCGAAGGGUAUGAGUCCAUUUGAGAAAGAGGAAACAUCGCCCGCAUUGUACCAACAAACAGUUUUGGGACUGAUCUGUGCGUCGCCAAGUAUUAUUGCUGGAGAUCAGGAAUCACCAGCUAGAGUUCUGCUCAAGGAAAUAUUGCAAUAUUCGCCCGCACAGGUAGCCUACAGUCAAGUACAAUGUGGCCAUACACCUCUGCGAGAUGCUAUUUUGAAUCCGCAUUGCCCUUUUGACGUUCUGAAAAUGUUACUCCAGGCGGAUCAAGAGAAUUGUCACCACGAUUCCGAGUAUCUUGCUGCUUCCUACCAGAAAGACUCCCGGGGCUUAUUGCCACUAGAUCAUCUCAUAUUGAGACUUCCAUCGGAUACAUCUACUCGAUCAGUUGAUAUGUUGGAAAUCUUUUUGGAAACGCGACCACCAGCAUCGAGUACUGCAAACGUCAUUUCAAAAGUGUCACCAUUGAUACGCCUUUUGUCAAUGGUAGAUCCUGUUACGCAUUCGCUUCCAUUGGAUGAUAGUGCCGAAGAGAUGCGUCUCUGCAAGAUACAACAGGUUGUUAAGUCUCUACUUCGCCACCAGCCAGAGCUCCUGUAUGUUUGUUCCUCUGGAACAGGAUGCUCUCCGUUUCACAUUGCAGCCCGGACUUGUGGAAAUUUUUUGCCCAUUCUUCAGGAACUUGUCUCUGCUGAUGCAAGCAAUCGAUUUAUGGCAAUGGAAAAUAUCGUUGGUGAUCUGCCAAUCCAUGUUGCAUGCAGCAAUGGAGCCGAUUUGGACGUUUUGAAAUAUGUUGCAUCCAAUACAGCUAGCCAUGAUCGUCAACUGUUGUGGAGGACGACACGAUUUGGAUAUACUCCCGCAGAUUUGCUAUGGCUUCAUCACAUUGAGGCAGGCUCGAGUUUUUCAAAGGUGCAGACGUUUCAUUUGGUGCAUUCCACUGCUGAAAACCGCUUCGACAAGGACAACGAAUAUUAUGAAAAAGUGCUCCGAAAUGAGGUCGAUGAUGCAAUGAAUGGCAGUAGAAACCAGGAUCAUACAACAAUGGAAAGAAUGGAGCGAGCUAAGAAUAAGUUUGGGGAUCUUUUGGAUAGACUAUUUGUGCUUCUCUCGGCGUCGUCCUAUUCGGCAGCGGAACCAAAGGAUGAUGGUAAACAUUUGCAUCAAGCAUGCAAUGUGAGCACACCAUAUGGGCACACCCUUCCAUCGCCGCUUUUCAAGCUAAUAUUAUGGAUCUAUAAGGACGACUUGCUGACAGUGGAUGAGAAUGGAAAUCUCCCAUUGCACUAUGCGUUUGACAGUAAUAGUCCUACUCUUGAGAAGUUGUCAAAAGGGACAAACGACAGCAAAAAGAGAGAGACAAAGGAAACAACGUGCUGGAACGAGUGGGCAGAAUAUUGCCACGACUUGAUAAAUGCUGCCCCAAGAGCGUGUGCAAUGGCAGACCAGCGUGGCCAGUUGCCACUGCAUUUGCUGCUCAGCAACAACCGCCCAGCGGGUUCUUCGAACUGUGCUAAUCAAAAGUUGCUCCAAAGACUGCUAGUAAAGGCAAUUGAGGCAUUCCCAGAGAGUGCGCAGACUCGUGAUCCUAUAUCUGGUUUGGAUCCUUUCAUGCUCGCAGCCAUGGGGAGCAACGAGCUUCCACUCGAUACAAUCUACUAUCUACUUCGCGGGUGUCCGAAUCUUUGCCAUGUAAAUAGUGAUGCUGCGAGUUGA